UAAUUUGCCGCAUUAAGGCCUCCUUAUAGAAGCCCCCAGCAGCUGCAGGAACUCGCAGAAAGGCGGGAUGGUUGGAGAGGCGUCGCUACCACUCCGGGCUCUAAUCGCGCCCUUCCGCGCUUUCCUUAACAUCCCAAAGCGAGUCCCACUUCCGUCGCUCCCGGUCUUAAGGAGGGAGACUUAGGCCUGAGGGAGACGAGCCAGAAGCCACAUUUUCCCAGAAGAAUUCCCUGCUAAAUCCCGUUACCUGGAAGGUGACAACAGCGUGACUACGUGGCUUCUGCACCAUCUUGGCGCGAGGAUCCGGAUGUGUGGGAACUGCCGGCGUUGUUUAUGUAGUUGUUUGAAGCUCAAGAAUGAGCUUGCCGUAGAACUGCAGAGAGGCCAGUCCUUGCAACAUAAAAGCUUCCCAAUUCCCAGUGUCCUUUCUUUCUAAGUAGCAUGGCUCAGAUCUGGACCUACGGAGAGCAAGGCAAAUUUAUUCUUUAGACUGACAAGGAAAGUUUAAACGUAAAAGAGAAAAAUCGGAUUGGAACUCAACAGGUGCUGAUGAGCUGAGCCCACCCCAUCUGAUCUCAACUGCUUCAAGUACUGUCCAAGAAGCUGGAACACUGUUAGCUAGCAAGAAUGUUCGUGUCAACUGUUUGGAUGAGAAUGGAAUGACUCCUCUAAUGCAUGCUGCCUAUAAAGGGAAACUUGAUAUGUGCAAAUUACUUUUACGCCAUGGAGCUGAUGUAAAUUGUCAUCAACAUGAACAUGGAUACACAGCCCUCAUGUUUGCUGCACUUUCUGGUAAUAAAGACAUCACAUGGGUAAUGUUAGAAGCUGGUGCCGAGACAGAUGUUGUCAACUCUGUAGGAAGAACAGCAGCUCAGAUGGCAGCCUUUGUGGGUCAGCAUGAUUGUGUGACUAUAAUCAACAAUUUCUUUCCUCGAGAGAGACUGGAAUAUUACACUAAGCCGCAGGGUCUGGAUAAAGAGCCGAAACUGCCCCCAAAGCUGGCAGGCCCACUGCAUAAAAUUAUCACCACAACAAAUCUUCAUCCUGUCAAGAUUGUUAUGCUGGUAAAUGAGAAUCCUCUGCUGGCAGAAGAAGCAGCUCUGAAUAAAUGCUACAAGGUGAUGGAUUUGAUUUGUGAGAAAUGUAUGAAGCAAAGAGACAUGAAUGAAGUACUGGCUAUGAAAAUGCAUUACAUUAGCUGCAUCUUUCAGAAAUGUAUUAACUUCUUAAAAGACGGAGAGAAUAAACUGGACACCCUGAUCAAAAGCUUGUUAAAAGGCCGAGCUUCUGAUGGCUUUCCAGUAUAUCAAGAAAAGAUCAUUAGAGAAAGUAUCAGAAAAUUUCCUUACUGUGAAGCUACACUCCUCCAGCAGCUGGUGCGAAGCAUUGCUCCUGUUGAAAUUGGUUCUGAUCCCACCGCAUUCUCUGUACUUACGCAGGCCAUCACUGGUCAGGUGGGUUUUGUGGAUGUUGAAUUUUGCACUACCUGUGGAGAAAAGGGAGCAAGUAAAAGAUGCUCAGUGUGCAAAAUGGUAAUAUAUUGUGAUCAAACCUGCCAGAAAACACACUGGUUUGCACAUAAGAAAAUCUGUAAGAAUCUCAAGGACAUUUAUGAGAAGCAACAGUUGGAGGCUGCCAAAGAAAAGAGUGAAGAGGAGAACAAUGGCAAGCUUGACGUCAAUUUGAAUUGUGUUAAUGAAGAGCAGCCAGAGGCUGAAACAGGAAUCUCCCAGGAGGAUUGCAAUCCUAAGGAUGCUAUAGAAGGGGAGAAACAAUUGCUUCAGAGUGAUGCUGGGCUGGAAGGCUUACAGAAGGCUCCUGUAGGUCCGCAGGUAUCUGAGGAGUAAGAGCCAGGCGGAUGGUCCUCGUCCUGGCAGGUAGCUGGAAAACUCAUGUGACCGCAUCCUUCUUGCCUGCACGCCUGCAUGGCACUGCUGCCGGAUUCCACAGUUCAUAGAUUAGAUGCUUUCCAGCAAAACUGUCUUCCAUAUCCUAAUUUCCUAUUGAUUUCUAUUUUAUAAUUUGACAGAUAUUCCUAGGGAGAAAUUGUUUUUCAAAAUAUAGAAGAAACAUUUCUAUUUCUUUUCUGAGGCAAGCUUCCCAGCAGUUGUUCUAAAAGGAAGAUAAAUCCUUUUUUAAAGAAGAAAUAUAUGCUCUAGGGAACAAAGAGGCAAGCAGAAAAGUUGUAGGAGAGAGGAGAUUUUCAAGAAAGAAAAAUUUUAUAGCCAUAAAGAUGGAUAGUUAAAAUAAUCAUAACUUAUAUGUAAAUAAAAUGCAUAUAAAUAGCAUUUACAUAGUGAAGUUCUUCUUACUAAGAUGCAGUGAAAUGAAGAAAAGCUACAUAUUAAUGGAUCUUUGCAUAGUUCAGCUGAUUGUAAUUUUCUACAGAAUUUAUCCUGAGCAGUCAGAACUUCAUAUAGUUCCUGCAGUGACGUUUAAUCUACAGUAUCUGUACCUUGAGAAAUGUCAAAUCCCCCAGGAAGAACUAAGGCAUAGCCACAGUUAUUUCAGCAUGUGCAUUAAAAAAGAUGUUUGGUGAAAUUGUCGAUUAAACAAAGACUAAACAUACUGUGUCCACAAUUAUAAAACUAAUUCAUGUGCCAUUUUCUACUUGAAAGGCUUUUAUCUUCCUGUCCACAAACUGAUUUAUAGCUAUCAUUUAUAGACUGUCCUGGCAACAUAUUUUCGUGUCUACAGUAUUUAAAUAGAGCUAAAGACUGUGAGAUUUGAAGAUAGUGUUGUGUUUCAAAGUUUCUUAUGUUGGUUGUAAAAUAAAUUGUGCUUAAUAAUACAAGCAACUCA